AUGAAAGCCCUCCGCUUAACACGCGUCUCCACAUCUUCGCCCCCGAUACUGGCAGUCUCAUCUCUUCCAAUUCCCCAGUUAAAGCCCGGCCACGCCCUCGUUCGCAUCCGCUAUGCCUCCAUCCAACCAUCCGACAGACUGAAUGCGCAAGGUCUCUUUCCAUCCACAAAAUUCCCUUUAGUUCCCGGACGCGACUAUUCAGGAACAGUGGUGGAUAUCGCCGACGAGUCUCAGAAGUCAUGGAUUGGCAAGAGUGUCUAUGGAACCAGUGGCUCGGGCCUCAGCUUCCAGGUUGAUGGUACUCACGGCGAAUACUGUUUAGUACCGCAGGCCGCGCUGGUGGAGAAGCCCGCUUCUUUGUCGUUCCUUCAGGCUGCGAAUGUGGGGGUACCUUUCACCACUGCGCAGAUGUGCUUGCGUCGGGCCCAAGUCAAAGAAAAUGAUGUGGUUCUCGUGCUCGGUGCAACGGGAGCUGUUGGCUCGGCGGCUGUGCAGAUGGCCCGGGCAAUGGGAUGCAAACGAGUCUUGAGAGCGGCUCGCCGGAACGACUCCAGUCCUAAUAUCAUCUUAUCUGCAAGCAACCCUGCUGCUACGCUUGUAGAGCGUAUCGCUACGUUGACUGAUGGCAAGGGUGUGGACGUUGUGAUUGACACGGUGGGAGAUCUGGGGCUGAUGUCAGUGGCUGUGGAACAGCUUGCUGCGAAGGGGCGCUAUGUGUGGAUUACUGCGCCCAGAGGCGAUGUCAGCAAGAAGUUAUCAUUUGAUGUGUUCCAGGCUUAUCGGAAGGAGUUGUCUCUUCUGGGGUGCAAUUCGGUGGCUCCUCCGGUUGAGGACGCGGCGGAGUAUCUGAGAUCCAUGCAUGAUUGGAUUGAUCAGGGACUACUGGAAGCGCAGAAGGAGUCAGAUUAUGAAGUGGUCAAGUUGGGGGAUGCUAUUGAGGCUGGUUAUAGGAAGACAGGGAAGGUGGUUAUUGAUAUGGAAUGA